AUGGCGGGCCUGAGCAAGAUGCGAAUGUUCGGCGUGGAUUCGGGCCUCGACCUGGGCAAGGUCGCUCAGGUGGGCAGUGCGGGCCUGGAGCUGACUGGCAAGAUGGGGGCGGCUGGCUUGGACCUGGGCAAGAUGGGCCUCAGCGCAACGGCCUCCUUGUCCGGGCUUCUGGGCAGGGAGGACAAGGACGCCGACCCGGCCGCGGCUUCGGAGCCCGCGGCGGGCGAAGGGGCGGAGUUGCAGCAGCAGUUGGCGGCGGCCAGGAGGGCCGAGGAGCAAGCAAAGGAGAGCCUCGCUCAGCUGCAGCGUGAGCUGGCAGCUGCCAAGCAGAGUGCAGCGCAGGCAGCGGAGCUUCGGGAGCGAUUAGCAUCUGCGCAGCAAGCAGAGGAGCAGGCGAAGGAGGAUUUGGCCCACACCAAGAUGGAGCUUCAAGCCUUGUCUGGGAGGAGUGAAGAUGCCAGCGCGCUGCAAUCCGAGUUGGAGGCUGCAAAGAGUGCUGAAGCGCGGGCAAGGACAGCCUUGUCCACGCUGCAGGCAGAACUGGAUGCGGCCAGAUCAACUGCUACUGAUGUGACGCAGCUUCAGCGCGAGUUGGAGGCGACCAAGGUCGAGCUGGCAGCUGCACAGGGGGCGCAAGCAUCGAGUACCUCGUCAGAGACUUUGGGCAUAGAACUGGACGCUGCGAGGCAGAAGGAGUCGCUGGCACAGGAGCAGAUUGCUGAGCUCCAACGAGAACUGCAAGCUGCACAGGCUGCGCUCAGCGAGUCUGCGGUUCAAGCUGCCAAGGACGGUGAGGUAGAAAAGGCAAUUGCUGCAUUGCGGCAAGAUCUGCAGACCGCGCAGGAGAGCAAGCAAACAGUGCAGAAGGAGUUAGAGCAAGCCCGCCUAUCCCAGGAUCAGGCCAAAGAGGAGCUCUGCAAGCUUCAAGGGCACUUGCAGGAACUUACCUCGCCCGACAGCAAAUCCGUGCAAGAACUUCAGGCUGCCAAGGAAGGUGAGGCUUGCGCAUUGGCGCAGCUGCAGGCGGCAAAGCAAGCAGAGGAGCAGGCGAAGGAGGAUUUGGCCCACACCAAGAUGGAGCUUCAAGCCUUGUCUGGGAGGAGUGAUGAUGCCAGCGCGCUGCAAUCUGAGUUGGAGGCUGCAAAGGGUGCUGAAGCGCAGGCAAGGACAGCCUUGUCCACGCUGCAGGCAGAACUGGAUGCGGCCAGAUCAACUGCUACUGAUGUGACGCAGCUUCAGCGCGAGUUGGAGGCGACCAAGGUCGAGCUGGCAGCUGCACAGGGGGCGCAAGCAUCGAGUACCUCGUCAGAGACUUUGGGCAUAGAACUGGACGCUGCGAGGCAGAAGGAGUCGCUGGCACAGGAGCAGAUUGCUGAGCUCCAACGAGAACUGCAAGCUGCACAGGCUGCGCUCAGCGAGUCUGCGGUUCAAGCUGCCAAGGACGGUGAGGCAGAAAAGGCCAUUGCUGCAUUGCAGCAAGAUCUGCAGACCGCGCAGGAAAGCAAGCAAACAGUGCAGAAGGAGUUAGAGCAAGCCCGCCUAUCCCAGGAUCAGGCCAAAGAGGAGCUCUGCAAGCUUCAAGGGCACUUGCAGGAACUUACCUCGCCCGACAGCAAAUCCGCGCAAGAGCUUCAGGCCGUCAGGGAGAGCCAGGCGCUUGCCUUGACGCAGUUGGCGGCGGCCCAGUCGGAGGUGGCAAGUCUGAGGCAGGACUUGCAGGCGGAGAGGCAGAGCCCAGAGGCUCAAGCCAGGGAAGCUCUGCUGCGGGAGCUGCAGGAGGCCAAGGACCGGGCGGCGGAGCUGACGCAGCAGGCGCAGCAGGCGCAGCGGGCGGCGCGACCGGAGCUGCAGGCGCAAGAGCAGGAGGCGUUGCAAGGCGAGGAAUCAGCGCCGGAUGCAGUGCCUGACGUGUUCGAGGUGCUUUUCGCGCUCCAGGGCUCUCUGGGUUUGGAGUUCCGGGCCCUUGCAGCGCCCUAUGUAAUUGCCAAGAUCCACGACUCCGGCAUCGCUACCGGCCUCGGCAUCUCCGAAGGCGAUGAGCUCAUUGCCGUGGCCGAGGAGUCGGUGGAGCAGGCCUCCUGGGAGGACCUGGUCCGCAAGCUUUCCCAGCGCCCGGUGGUGGCCCAGUUUCGGCGCCGGAGCGCGGCCCCCGGCGCGGACGGAGCGUCGGCCUCGGCGGCGAAAGCCGCGGCGCUGAUCUCGUCCGUGGGCUCGUCGCUGCUCUCCAAAGCGCGAGGGGAGGACGAGGCCAAACAGGCGAUGGCUGCGGAGCUCCGGCAGCUGCGUGGGGAGGUGCAGCGCCUGGAGGACUUGGGCCGCGCCAAGGAGGAGGAGCUGCGAAGGCUCCACGCGCGGAUGCGCCAGAAGGAGGAGUCGCUGCACGCCGCUUUGGGCGCCGGCGGGGACGUGGCGGUGGCAAAGCUGGCGGAAGAGCGGGAGGUUAUGGGCCAGCGGCUGCAGCUGCUAGAGGGUCAGCUGGAGGAAGCCGCUAGGCAGCUGCAGCAACGGACAGAAGAGAGUCAGAGGUUCCAGGCGAACUUCGAGGAGGAGGCCAGGCAGAAGGAGGAACAGAAGCAGCUGGCAGCCUCCCUACAAGAUCGCUGCAAUUCCCUGAUGAAGCAGUUCGAGUCUUUGAGCCAGACCUGUCAGAAUCUCACCAUGGAUUCGCAGCAGAAGGCCGGACUGGAAGGCCAAGUGAACGAGCUGCUGCGCAUGAACGCGCAAUGGCAGCACGCCCACCAGAGCCUCAACGCGGAGUCUGAGACUUUGCGCCAGAAGCUCCAGCAGGUUGAGCAGUUGCAAUUGGAGGUAAGGCGGCUGCAGCCCUUGGCGCAGCAGAGUUUGGAGCUGGAGAUGCGGCUCAGGGAGGCGGAGCAGAGCUUGGACCAGCACCGGGACGCGCUAUCCCAAGCCCAGCAGCUUCGCGCCCAAGAGAACUCGACAGUCCAGCGGCUACAGGCAGAGCUGGAUUCCCUGCAGGAGAGCGGGGAGUCCACUGCCGGCCAGCUGGAAGCAGAGCUCAUGGAAAGGAGCCGCGAGUGCGCAACGCUGCGGAGGGAAAAGGAGGAGGCCGCCAAACGGGCAGAGGAGCUGUUGCAGAAGCAGCAGGAGAACCUGCAGGCCGCCCAGGAGGGCCGCGCUCUGCACGCGGAGAACCAGCGCCUCCAAGAUCAGCUCGUCGGCGCGCAGGAGGAGCAGAAGGCCCUGAAUGCCGUGGUGGAGCGGUGCUUGGCCAAGAUGGAGGUGGACAGUCGCGAGCGCCCGUUCCUGGUGGACAAGCGCAUGGUCACCCAAAUGCUGGCGGCGUACCUGGAGCAGCGGGAAAAUCCCGGGCCGCAGCAGGAGAUUCUCCACAAGAUGGCGGAUUUGUUGGGUUUCACCACCAGCGAGAGGGAGCAGGUGGGCCUGUCCCACAAACGGAAGACGCCGCUGCAGAUGGAGGAGGCCGCGGGGCUGACGGACCUCACGGAUCGCUUCGUGGACUUCUUGAUGGAGGAGUCUGAAGCGGGCUGGUCGCGGCCUUUGGAGGAGAAUGAGAGGUCCCAGGUGUUUCGACUGAGCUUCAGAGGCUUCGGGCUGUCAGGGCUUGCCCCCUGGGAGCUGGCAGUGCGAGAGUCUUCCAUCCACGGCCUCCGUGCGGCGAUGAUGGCGGUGUUGCGAGAGAGCGCCCUGCAGUCCUUGGCGGAGAUCCUGCUGCACCACCAGUUCCUUCGAAGCAAAGAGGCGCUGCGGCAGUGGCACACCGCGGCAAAGAGGCGCGGGCUGCACCAGCAGCACGCGCAGUCAGCUGUGGAGAAGGCAGAAGUGGCCAGCAGGCUGAAGGACAAGCAUGAGCUGGAGGCUGCGCGACUCCGAAGCCAGUGGAAUCAAGAGCGCAAGGCGCUCCUAAAGAAGGAGAUGACGGAGGAGGAAAUCAGGAAGCUGCGUGAGAUGGACGGGUUCCACCGGAGCCGAGUGGCCAAACUCCAUGACUUCCACGAGAAGACGCAGCUGGACACCCAAGUCGCUUUGGACGAGGCGCAGACCAAAUGCAAGAGGGACAUGAAGGUGCUGGCCCUGUCAGCAUUGGAACAGAUAGCUCAGACUCGUCGUCCAGCUGCCACGCUGGAGGCAGACAGCCCAAGUGUGUGCUUCCUGCAGUGGGCCUUCACUCCACACCCGGAGGUCUGGUGUGUGCCGUCACCGCCGGCGGCCAACCUGCAGCACGCCAUCCAGCUAUCCGAGCAGCGCCGGCAGCUGGCUGCGGCGCUGCAUGGGCUGCGCCUCCAGACCCAAAGCCUGGCCGCCGCGGCCGCGGCGAGCGCGGCGCUUUCGCCGGCGGCUUCGGUGCCAGGUGACAAGAUCCAGAGUCAGGACGUCCUGGCAGCCCGUUUGUUGCGGCGCAGCCUUUUGCGGGCCUUGCGGCGGCAGCAGGGGCCCUUCCUGCAACGGCUGCUGCUCUUCAGGCGCCAAAAUCCGCGGGCGCCGCGGGGCUCUCGUGCCUCCGUGGCCUUCAAAAGCAGAGCCUCGCUGGCCCGCGCCAACGCCGACAGCUUUUCGGGCAGUCCGGGCAAGGCCUUCGUGUUGGGGGAGGACCUGGAAGCCGUGCGCCAGCCAAUGCCAGCCCCGCCUGCGCCUGCUCCAGCGCGAAAAGCCAAGGCCAAAGUCGCUCAGGCCAAGCCGGAUGAGACGCAAGCGGCUGAAGCGGCUGCUGUGAAGAUCCAGCGUGCGGAGCGCCAGCGUGCAGAGCGCCAGCGCGCGGAGCGCGCGCUCCGUGCGCUCCCUGCUGAGAGCCACCUGCCUUCUUUGCCACCUGUACCCCAGGAAGUCGCUGCUGCGACCAAGAUCCAGGCCCAGGUGCGGCUCCGCGCCCAGCGGCGGGACGCCGCCGCGCUCGCAGCUGCGAAGGCCAAGGAGGCUGAGACCUCGUCCCCGGCCUUGCAGCGGCGCUCGGCGCUGAAACUGGUGCGCUCCGAGCCAGCACAAGAGGCCGAGCCCUCUCCAAGCUUUACCCGGCGGCCUGCGCUGAAACUAACGCGCUCCACUCCAGAGGCGACGCAGCCCCGAGCUGCGGCGCCGGUGCGGCGGAUAUCGAACGCUCGCGCGCGAGGGUCGCUGGCCAAGAGCCCCGAUGCCGCGGUGCAGGAUGAGCCCACCGCAGAAGAGGCCAGCCUUGGACACUUGCCUCCCGUGCCGAAGGAAGUGAAGGCGGCGGUGAAGAUCCAAGCGGCGGUCCGCGGCCGCCAAACCCGGCGCCGCUUGGCGAAGGCGCAGAGGCAGCGGCGGCAGCCAUUCAUGGCGCCAGCGCCGGCACCUGCGGCGCCGGCGCGCUCGCGCGCCAGUACGCGGAGCCGCGCGAGCCGCAGCUCCAGUGGCCUCUUCGGCUACGAGGAGGGCGAGGAGGAAGAACAGCUCGAAGAUGACCAGGAGCUUGAGGUGGAUGAGGUGCCGCGGCCGACACUGCUGGGGCCGACCGGCAAAGAUCCGGUGAUCCAAAAGACCUGCUGUCAGCAGCUGCAGCACGAGCUGGAAGAGCUCCAGCAGAAGUGCGCUGGUGCCGAGGUCAUUUGGAAGGUGCUUGUGAAGAUCGGGUUGAUGUCAGCCUUGCUCUUGGGACCGGAGGAGCUCCACAGAGCUAUGAUGCUGACUCCCGAUGAGGAGAUGCACCGGGUGCAGAGCGAAGGCGACGAGGACUUCCCCUCUCCCCUGCCCUGGCGUCAUGCGUGGCGUGCGCUGGCGCUCUUGGCGUUUAUGGGGACCGUCGGGGUGGUCCACUCACGGUGGGCUGGAAGCAGCGCGGCACAGGAGGCCUCUACACAGAAUUCGCUGAACAUGGUGGAGCUGCCCGCGCUGAAGAACUCCAAGUUUGUGUCCAAUGCGAAGGUGAUGUACGUCAACUGGACCCAGGAGGAGAAGUCCAUUCCCAAGGCCUUGGAGGAGACGUUCCCCGAUGGUCAUGGCUGGAUCCCCACCAGGUUCCAGGAGGGCGGGGACACCACCAAGGAGUGGUACUGGCAGGACGUCGCCUGGUGGGUGAAAAACCAGCUGCUGGGAAACAAGAGCCCCUUUGAGGACGGGGUGCCGAUCCCCGACUCCGGAUCCAAUGACACUGAUCAGCUGAACCCAGGUGAGUACGUGGCAUACACCAGGCGCCAAGUCUGCUACAUCGCAGCCAAGAGCCUGUUGGGCGCAGGCACUUCAGGCUACAAGAACGGCCUCAAGAGAUACUUGCAUGAACGUGGUCCCGGCGGCUGCAUCCCGCAGCAGCAGAACUUCGGCAAGGCCAUGUGGGGCCUGUUGGCCACCUGUGCGGCGGACCCGACCCUGGAAGGCGGUGCCCAAGGUCCUAUGAUCCUGGUGGCCAAGAACAAAGAGCUGGAGAUCAACUACGACCACCUGAAGAGUGAGAACAUUCAACUCACUCAAGCAGGCUUCCGCAUUUGCCGCUAUGAUGACGGCUCCAUCUACAAGCAGGGCUUCCUUCCGGGAGUGCCCAAGUCUCCCGAGGACCUUUGCUCGCAGCCUCAGUGGUCCGGGCCUGGUGUGGACUUCUUGUCCAGCUCCAGGCACAUGCGUCAGGCCGUGGUGGAUGCCAGUGGCUCCCAUGUGGGCGGCAAGAUGUUUGGAGGCAGCUGUGGAUCCGGAGGCCCUGAAGAUCAGCACUUGCUGAUGUUCAUGCCAGAAGUUGCAGUGCUCAGUUUUUUCCUCUCUCAGUCAGAGGAGCAACCGCAGCUGGCAGCGCCCACCUGGAUCUUGGGCGCCCGCAUGGUGAAUCAAGGCUUGGACGGCACUGGGCGCUGGGCCGGCAACAUGCGGCCGGAGCCUGGCCUGCGGAUGGCGUCUGACUUGGUCCAGGUGGAACUGGACGGGGUGUCAAUGAUGAUGAGCCAAGCCAAGCCUUUUGUAGCAGUGCCUCCUGGCAUUUCCGAGGCGGUCUUCGAGUCGAGCGGCGCGGAUCUCAAGAAAGCCCGGCAGAACCGCCUGGCUCGGCAGCGGAUUUUUGGGAACUCCACCGACGGCUUCGACGAGAAGGUGGCGGUCUGGUACCAGGCAAUCUCACUGGCGGCCAUCCCGAACGAGCUCCACGGGGCGUUUCACACCGUGGUUCGGUCCGUGGGCACCGGGCCCUGGACUUCCGGUCUGAGAUUUGGAGACUCCCAGGUUGAUGUGUUGGCGAUUUGGCUGGGGCAAGCCCUUGCGUCGAAGAGCUGGGGCGACGGGGCGUUGCUGCUGGACUACUACUUGUACUCCAGCUUCGUGGAGAACCCGGGAAACCAAUGCUUUUUGCACUCCUCCCAGCGAUGUGGGGACUGUUUGUGGACCUGCAAUCAGAGGCAAAUUCCGAAAGGCAGUUUCUACCUGCCGGAGAGAGCGUUCAUGACCAACGACGACAGCAAGCCCUGUGUGGGACAGAGCGAGUUCGCUUGCUCCUUCAACGGAAUUGAGAACGUGAUGUGGAACUUCGGCUUGAAAUCCACUGCCCAGCUGUGGCGGACGGUGGAUUUGGCGCUGAAAUCUCACGAAGGAGCCACCUAA